AAGCAGGGCAGGACAGGUGCAGACAUGGAAGCAGGACCCCAGAGCAUGCAUAUUCCUUGGUUGUGGUUUUAGUCCAUUCUUACCACCUCUAGUUUUUGAGCCUUGGUCCACACUGUCUUCAGACGCAUUUCUGGCACCUGAACAGGGACCCUUGGAGACCCUCAGGGGCCCCAGUGCCUCUCUGACCAGGACAGUGAGACCGGAGCAGUGCCGAAGAAUGCAGCGUUCUGAGGGCUGAAAGUCGACUCGAUGCUGGCAUAAGGAGUUGUCUCGAGCCUGGGUCGCAGCAGGACUCGCCGUCCGGGAAGAGUCUACCGGCUUGCAAGCCAACAAAUAAAUCUAAGCCACAACCUCGUGUAAAGUGCUUCCAGUGUGGGAAAAUGGGACAUUUCCGUCGCAACUGCAGAGAAGGGACAGUAUGGUGUAACAAGUGUUCUGUGAACUCUCAUUCUACUGAGGCUUGCAGGCAAUCAGGAAACACGACACAGAGUGCGAAGGGCCACGGCACGAAGAUCCCAACAGCGGCUCCCGUGUGGUAUGCUCCAGACAACUGCAGCCAGCCAGCUCUCUCCAGCCAGCCACCAGUGGGAGCCUCGGCUUGGAUGUGGCAACCACAGUAAAUGUUACUUUGUUUGAUAUGAGGCCAGCAAAAAUUCCUACUGGGAUUAAAGGGCCAGUGAUGUAUAAGGAAAAACCUUGUGGUGCUCUUCUUUUAGGACGAUCAUCUGCUGGUUUAAAAGUUCUUUUUGUGUUACCUGGUGUUAUUGAUGCUGAUUUUACAGGUGAAACACUUAUUGUUGCCAUGAUGUGGCAAGCACAUUUCUCUCUCUCUCAGGAUUUUUUUAUUGAGGUGCACAGAGAGAAAUGAAAGAGAAAACAAUUUCUAUUUCUGCUCCAUGUUUUUCUCUUGUGGAAUGUGUUUGGAGAAUUGUUUACCUGGAGUGAGCUCCUGGUUGGAUCAUGGUGGAUUGUUUGGGCCUGAGAGCCAAUCGGAUCCACCUGUGUCUGGGCUCUGGAGAACAGGGUCACGAGUUGUGAGUUAGUUAGAUAUGAUAGUUAGAGAAAGUAGCAUGUAGUAUUUAGUAUCCUCUUUUAUAUAGCAUAUUAAUGUAUUAUAACAUAAUUAUAAUAAAGCAAUCAUUUAGCCUUCUGAAAUGGAGUUAGACAUCAUCAUUCUUCCCAUUGGGUUCGCCGACAUCUACAACAAGUGGUGACCCCGAACGCUGGAUGAAGAACCAGGACCUGGAUCGGUCCACAACCGUGAUUUAACACGGGAAAGGAGGUGAACCCUCUUGAAAAGGCAUGUCCGACGUCCCUGCGAGGGAUAGGGGAGGUAAGAUGCCGUGGGAACCCUUUCUAUUGGACCAGGUGCAGCCCCGAGCAGUUUGCCGUAACUGGACGCCUCUGUCUUCCUUUGAAAGGUACUGAUUUUCUGAUAAUAGUACUACCCUGAUCUAGGGUGGACUUUAACCUUGGGAAGAGAUGUCUGCAGAUUUCGACAUUGGUUUGUCUUGUGUACAUGGCCCUAUACUUGCCCUCUGGAGAGAUUUGGCUCGGGUCAAUGGAAUUUCUAUCCCUGAUGAUGAUUUUUUGGAGUUUCUUGAAUAUGCAGACACUCGUGGUUUUUUCGGGGAUCUGGCUUUUUCCCUGAAUACAGAGGCUUGGAGAUCCCUGUAUUUCCUCAUCAGGCAAAGCAUCAUGCGAGAUCUCUGGGCGUUUCGAUACAUGAAAGUUUAUUUCGAGCUUCUUCCGAUAGUCCAGAAAUGGACCCCUUUUCCGAUAAUCCAGUCUUUGCUGCAGGUGCCCCCCCGCGAAAAGGGGGGGGGAGAGCCUUUGUCCGUGGCUCAGAAAUUUUCUUCUGCUUCUGCGCAGAGGGAGCCUCCUCCACCUCCUCCUCCUGCAGCGUGUGAGCCCCGCCCCCGCGUCCCUUCGGAGGGUGCGGGGCCGCUCCCGGCCGAGGCGGAGACGCCGCUCCGCCCGCCGGUUUCCCCGCCUGCAGCCGUGCCUCCUCCUCCUCCUGCCCAUUCGGAGCUGGGAGACACACCCGCCGCUGAGAGCCAGCCUGAAGCCACCUCGGCAGGGGCGGAGACGCCGCCUGCGCCGGCUCCCGCGCCGGCCCCUGCUUCGGAGUUGUCAGCCACGCCUCCGGCACCGCCCGUUAUCGCUCCCGCAGCGGCGGCUGCGCCCCCUGCACCAGCGGCCGAUCCCUCCACAGCGGUCGGUUCCGCCGCGCCGGUGGUCCCGCUCGCCGGCUCGGAGCCUGUUCCCGAUGCGAGCUGUGAUGAUAUAGAAGACCCCCAGCCUGCGGCGCCGGCCGAGGACCUCCCCGCGCCGGCUCCGCCUCCGAUAUCGGCUGUGAUGCGCGCCUCGCCGCCCGCACCGGCCCCCGCGCCGGCCCCGCUGGUCCCGGCUGCCCCGCCGCCUCCCGCGGCUUUCGCCGGGUCGCCAGGCGCUGCCAGCAGCAGCGAGCAGCAGCAGCCUGGGGCCGCGUUGGAGCGGACCCCGCCGUCUCCAAUCAGCCCGGGGUCCCCUCCCAGCCUGUUCUCUGCUGCUGGCGCUCCUCGGCAGCUCCUUGCAGCUGCCGCGAAAGUGAAAGUUAAGAAGUUUAGUGCCUUUCUGGGGAACAGUGUUUUUCUUGGUCCAAUUCUUGCUUGGGUGGGGGAUUCUCUCCGGAGCUCGAGGCCCCUCGCCCCUCCCGCUCCCGUUUGGGGGGCGGGGGGGAUGAGUUCCGGGAAUGCUGCCGCUGGCAUUGUGACCGGAGAGCGUGGGGGUGCUGCGGCCAGGGGUCAGAGAGCUGCGUGCCGGCCCAAUCGUGCCGCAGGUCCUGAGAAUCAACACUUCUCUGGGAAAAACACCUUCUCUGCUGAGCCUUGGGGAAGUUCUUGUGUCAUGCCCUCGUUUGAGGAGCGGGGCCAACCGCGUCCUGAGAGGCUGUGGCUGCGGCCACGGCCAGGCGCGGUGCGGGAUGAACACAACGCUGGAAGACUUGCCGUGACACUGGCCGCGUGGUGGGGGCGGGCUGUGAAGAUGAAGAUCCCGCCCCGCCGGUCGGGCUGGGACCGAUUGGUCCAGCCCCCCGGCCGGAGGGCCCCGUGUGCCCCACGGCCGGGUUUGGGAUCUUGGCUCCGCCCGCAUGGACCGGGGCCGCCAGCUGCGCAGGGUCUUAAAGCCUGCUACUUGCUGGGCAUUCUGAUUCCGAGAUUUAAAAAAAAAACAAAAACAAAAACAAAAACAAAAUUAUUAGAUUUAAGAUUAAUUAAAUAGAGGUGGUUGAAAAGACAAAGAACAAGAAAAAAAGUGGUUGAUUUAAGAGUUUUGGCCAUGGGAUUUCAGAGAUUUUUUCAGUUUUUUUUUAAUUUGGUGAUGGUUUUUGCACAAGAAAGGUAUGUUUGCAUGGUUGACAAUCAGCCCAGAGUUGGUUUUAUCAGUUGUUGCAGUCUCUGGGAUGACAUUCAGUGUUUUGGUAUUAGAUAAUUAUAUGAUGUCACAUUUGGUUUUUGUUUAUGGGUUUUUAAUUGUUGUUUGGACUUUCUUCAGUUGUUUUGUUUCAGGAUUCAGCAGUUCUCUGUUUCAGCAUUGAGAAGGACUUUUGAGGAUGUCAAGAUCAACGUUUCCAAUCAAUGGACACCUUCUCCCGAGAAUCAGUUGUUUGGACUUGAAAUUUGAGCAUUAUUUUAAUUGUUGUUUGGGUUUUUAUGUUGUAAGUUUUGUUUUAGAGAUUUGAUAGAUGGUUUGCAGGUAAAGGAUCUCUUUGAACAUUCCACAUCAGCAUUUGAUUUCGCUUUUGAUUGAUAACUAGCAAAUUGAUAAGGGGACCUCUUGAGAUGUGUUUGCUCUCUUUUGUAGGACCCUGCAGAAGAAUUGCAGAUGCAUUUUUUUUAAUUUAAUUUUUUUUAAAAUUUAUACUAAAACGGUGAUAUGUGGCAAGCACAUUUCUCUCUCUCUCAGGAUUUUUUUAUUGAGGUGCACAGAGAGAAAUGAAAGAGAAAACAAUUUCUAUUUCUGCUCCAUGUUUUUCUCUUGUGGAAUGUGUUUGGAGAAUUGUUUACCUGGAGUGAGCUCUUGGUUGGAUCAUGGUGGAUUGUUUGGGCCUGAGAGCCAAUCGGAUCCACCUGUGUCUGGGCUCUGGAGAACAGGGUCACGAGUUGUGAGUUAGUUAGAUAUGAUAGUUAGAGAAAGUAGCAUGUAGUAUUUAGUAUCCUCUUUUAUAUAGCAUAUUAAUGUAUUAUAACAUACUUAUAAUAAAGCAAUCAUUUAGCCUUCUGAAAUGGAGUUAGACAUCAUCAUUCUUCCCAUUGGGUUCGCCGACAUCUACAACACCAUGACAUUUUUUCCACCUUUGAUUAUUCCCACAGGCAGUAAAAUCGCCCAGCUAGUACCCACAUUACAGUUGACAGAGGCUGCCUCGACAAUCUCACAGCAACCACGAGGGUCGGCAGGAUUUGGUGCUACAGGGGGUAUGGCACUUCUUUGUCUUCCCAUGAAGGAACGACCCAAAGCUCCUGUUGUUUUGGACAAUGGUCAUCAAAAGCUAAGCUGAUAGCACUCCUUGAUACUGGGGCAGACAUCACCAUUAUCAGCAAGGACUGUUGGCCUACCUCUUGGUCACUUCUCCCUAUGAUUGCUGGAGUUGAGGGGGUAGGGGGGUCUGCUUCAGUUUGUCGCAGUAAGGACAAAAUUUGUUUAUUGCUGGAUGGUCAUACCUGUGUACAAUUUGUAACUGUUAUGUCAUUACCACCCAAGGUUGAAGCAUUAAUUGGUCAUGAUAUUCUUAUGCAAUUGGGAGCUCGCCUUGUGACAAAAGAUCAUUUUUAGUAGUGGUCACUACUUGGGCUUUCCCGAUCCCUUUAACCUGGAAAUCUGAUCAUCCAGUAUGGAUCGAGCAGUGGCUGCUAAAAAGAGAAAGUCUGCAACAAGCCCAUGCCCUAGUUAAUGAACAAUUGAAUCAGGGGCACAUUAAACCUUCUACUAGUCCAUGGAACACUCCAACAUUUGUAAUCAAAAAGAAAUCUGGUAAAUUGUUUGCUUCAUGAUUUACGUGCAGUUAAUGCCCAAAUGGAGGCAAUGGGGGCGCUACAGCCAGGCCUCCCAAAUCCAGCUAUGCUGCCUGAGGGCUGGAACCUCCUUAUCAUUGAUUUAAAGGACUGUUUCUUUACAAUUGACAUUCAUCCAAAUGAUACUAAACGAUUUGCAUUCACAUUACCUUCCCUGAAUCGUGUGGCACCUGCAAAUCGGUAUGAAUGGGUGACCCUUCCUCAGGGAAUAAGCAACAGUCCUACACUGUGUCAAUUGUUUGUGGAUGCUACUUUACUGCCCAUUCAAAACACUUGUCCUGAUAUGUUAAUAUAUUAUUACAUGGACAAUAUUUUGUUUGCACAGGAAGCUGCCUUUACUGUUCAGCAAGAGGCUUUUAUUUUCAAACAGCUGCAUAACCACAAUUUGUGUGCUGCCCCAGAAAAAAUUCAGCGUUCUGCACCUUGGAAAUAUUUGGGCUGGGUAAUUUCUGAUAUGCACAUUCAGCCACAAAAGGUUGCCCUGCAAAUUGAUUUGCACAGUCUGCAUGAUAUGCAGCAUUUCAUAGGAGACAUUCAGUGGCUCUGCCCAGUUGUUGGUGUUUCAAAUGAUGAGCUUGAUUAAUUAAGACCAUUGCUAAAAGGUACAGAUCCCGCUGCACCUAUUCAAUUAACUGAUAGGCAGUGUGAAGCUGUGGCAAAUAUUGCUGAUGCAGUGGCUCAAAGAGCUGUUGAUCACCGUGAUCCUGACCUCCCCAUAGACAUUACAAUCCUAUUGCAUCCAAAGCACCUCCUGUGUGCUCUUACACAGCAGAAAAAGGAAAAAGGGGGAAAUAGGGAAGGCACUAGCACUAGGGUUUUAGAAUGGGUUUUUGGACCUUUACAGCCAUGCAAUUCUAUUCAGCCGCGUAUAGAAGCACUUGCACUUUUAAUUCGAAAAGGUCGAAAAAGGGUGGUACAGAUAACAGGAGAAGAGCCACAAAGAAUUUUUGUUCUGAUAAAACAGGCUGAUUUAGACUGGUUUUUGCAGCACUCGCCUGAGUUACAGGCUAGCAUUUUAGAAUCUAAUGCUGAAAUUCAAUUGUUUCUACUGUCUUCACCUGUUUUACGCUGGAUUUCUUCACAAAAAUGGCUAUUACAACCAAAAUAUAGUGAAAAAACUCUGGUUAAUGCUAUUACUGUAUUUACUGAUGCUGGCCGCAAAUCACAAAAAGCUGCUAUCAUCUGGAAUGAGUGAGGACAAUGGAAUCAUGUUAUAAUAGAAGGACAGGCAUCAGAUACUUUGCAGACAUUAGAACUUUCAGCUAUUGUGUGUGCAUUUUGUCGAUGGAUGUAUGACCCUAUAAAUGUUGUAUCUGAUUAUUUGCAGUCGGAAUAGCACAGCGUAUUGAGGAUACACUGCUGCAGGAAGUGCAAAAUCAGCACUUGAAUGUACUUUUCACACAGUUGCAGUCUGCAAUACAACAGAGAUCUGCUCCAUAUGCAAUUUUUGACAUCAGGUGUCAUAAGUGGGUGGAAGGAUUAGGGGAAGGCAAUGCGCAUGCUGAUUGACUGGUGUCAGUGACUGUACCUAUAGACAACUUUACAAAAGCACGCAAUGCCCAUGCUUCAUUUCAUCAAAAUGCAAAAGGGCUGCGACGCUGCUUUGAUAUUACAAUGGAAAAAGCCCGAGGAAUUGUCAGAGCAUAUCCAGACUGCAGUCAUCACAAUGGACAAGUUUCAGCCUGGGGGUUAAUCCUCGAGGUUUAGGCCCUAAUGAGUUGUGGCAAAUGGAUGUGACUCAUGUAUCUGAAUUUGGGCAUUUACGUUAUGUCCAUGUAGUUAUUGACACUUACAGUCAUUUCAUUUGGGCUUCCCCACAAGCUGGAGAAAAAGCAGUUCAUGUUAUCUGACAUUUAAUGUUAUGCUUUGCUAUUUUAGGGGUACCUAGAGCUAUAAAAACAGAUAAUGGGCCUGCAUAUGUAGGGAAGAAAGUUAAUAGUUUUUUGAAAUUACGGGAUGUUAAGCAUGUUACAGGUAUACCACACUGCCCCACAGGUCAAGCCAUUGUAGAAAGGGCAAAUCAGACUUUAAAACAAUACCUUGCAAAAUUUAAAAUAAUUUCUGAUCCACAGGAGAGAUUGGGAAAAAGGGUUAUUCACUUAGAAUCAUCUUUGCAUAUUUGGUGUUCAUGAUAUGCCCCCUGCACAUGUACAUGGGGUACUUGCAAAACAAAAAGAUGGAGAAAAAUCAAUAUCUGUAAUGUAUAGGCAUCCUGCUACAGGGAUAUGGUCAGGACCAGCACCUGUAAAUUAUAUGGGUCAAGGUCACAUGUGUGUAUCCACACCUACAGGUCCCUUGUGGGUUCCCAGUAAGUGGACACAUCCAGCGACAACAUGGCUGCCGCCGACACCUCCGACACAGAACGAAGACUCUGAAACAUAAACUUUAAGAGAUUUAGAGAUUUUGGAGGAGCUAAGAUUUUAGUUAGAGAUUAGCCUUACUAGAGUUAAUUAAAAUAAAGGGAUUCUGUAAGUAGGCCUUGAUGAAGUUAAGAGUUAGUAGUUAAUAAUUGGUUGCUUGUCAACACAAUGUUUAGUUAGCUGGGUUUAUAAUAAAGAAUAUAGAAACUGACAAAUAUCUUUUAGGAACAUAAGACAAUUGUGGGCCUCCUCUGUUCUGAAACCAAUUGAAGACAAGGAAUGGGAGUUCUACCAAGGUUCAUUUGUCAUAUUUGCAUUGAAAAGGUAGAAAGGUCAGAAUGAGGAAGACUUCAUUUACUUCCUCAUUUUGGGACCCCUCCCCAUGAAAGGGACCACCAACCCAUUUCAAGGAACAAACUAUGCAUGCUUAAUAGCUUUUGAAAUGAUUAGCAUACGAAGCGAGGAAUGGCAUGCACCAAAAUGAUGAAUAUGUAUUUGUAUUUUGGGUAUUCAAUUCUUGUGUGGAUAAAAGGACUCUGUAAUCAUUUGAAAGGUGUGGUGUGUAUUUGGGAGCUAUUACACAUGCUGCCCGGCAUCGCAAUAAACAUACACUUUCUAACUUUAAACUGUUAGAGAGUUUUUGUCCCCGUCACAGUUGGAUAUCGGUGCUAGAUCAAUAUCCAUAUUUCUUUAAUAAAUCAACUCCACUGACAUCGAUUGCGGCUUGAGCCUAUUUAUCAGGAACUAAAUGAUGUUUUAGGGACUAACUUUCACUGGACUAACCCUGAUGUAACUUUAGUAGCUUCAGCAUUACAUCAUCAUUGGCAGCAAAGGAAAAAACUGAUAACAAAUGUAACUUGUGAGUGUUCAGGGGGUUGUACAUCAAUUGUAAUUGUAUGUGGAGGUUGCAAUAGAGUUGUUCAAAGUAGAGGAGAUUUUCAUCUACUUAAAGGGUGUGUAGAUUGUUGGGCACCGCUGCAUCAUGAGAAUCCAGUCACAGCCCUUCGGCAGUGGCUGAAUCAACCUGAUGCUACACAAGCACAAUCGAAUGCUCUGUGGGAAAAUCGAGAAGAAAAAGAAUUAGCCUUAUUAGCAUUUAGAUUAAUUUGCUUCGUUUGGCAAAAUUAUUUCUGCAUACUAAACUAGAGUCUUGUCAAUAUAGACACUUAUGUGCUAAGCAUAACCAGGAAGGAGGACGAUAUUUUGAGACAGAAUGAUACUUUUAAUUUUGUUACUGUUCAUUUUGCUGCAUGCUGAUGCUUGAGUUUCUACACAACCAAAACCAAACAUAUGGAUAACUUUAGCUAAUUUGACAAAUCAGAGUGCUAUCUGUCUGUCUUUAUCCUCACCCGGAAAUCCAUUUUCUACCUGUCUAGUAGGGGUACCUGUCGAAAAUUGGCCUUGCCCUCAGAAGGUACCAACCUGUAAGGUAACACAGCCCCAGAACAAUGUGGAUAAUUGGGAUUCUUGGGUUCCUCACCUUCCUCCUGCUCCCCUUGAGCCACAAGAAUUAAGAGCUUUUGGGAUCAGUUAAAGCCAAUGCGUGCAUUAUUUUUAACUGGACUAGUGCACAGCAACAGAAUCCCAACAGCAAGUAUUCGGUGUUAGUAAAUUCCAGCCUCCCGAUAUAUGGGAAUUCUUCUUACUGGUGUAACUACACUUCAGCAAAGAUUUCUGUUUCUUCUAAUUCUCCACUACAGCUACCUACUGGGUAUUUCCUCAUUUGUGGUGAUCGUGCUUGGUCAGGAAUCCCUUCUGGACUAAAAGGAGGUCCUUGUACUAUUGGUCAGUUGUCCUUGUUGACAUCAAAUAUGUCCAUGAUAUUAAAGGUGUUCCGACAACAUAGACAGAAAAGGAUGACCCAUGCAUUUCAGAGCGACUGCAGAGAUGAUAUAAAGUUUUGGUCCUCAGAAGCAACUGUAGCUGCUUCUAUUUUUGUCCCAGGAGCUGCAGCAGCUAAGGCACAAGCAACACUGAACAGAUUAGGUUGCUGGCUUGCCAAACAAACUAAUGCUACAUCUGCUGCACUGCCUAAUCUUUUGCUGGAUGUUGAUUCUGUUCGGCACGCUACUUUGCAAAAUCAUGCUGCUAUUGAUUUUUUACUGUUAGCUCAGGGACAUGGUUGUGAAGAUUUUGCAGGUAUGUGCUGCAUGAAUCUGUCUGAUCAUUCAAAGUCAAUACAUAAGCAAAUCAAUGAGUUGCAUAGGCUUACUACUCAGUUACAACAGGAGGAUGGACUUGGAUUAGAUGGCUGGCUACGAUCAUUGGGCCUCGGACAAUGGUUUCAUUCUAUCAUUCAGAAUUUGAUUAUGCUCGGUUUAGUGAUUUUACUGAUUGUAUGUUUAUUACCAUGUAUUUGUGCUUGCCUUCAGAGAGUUAUGCAGCAAAUAUCAAUCAGACAAUGCUGGUACAAAAGAAAAAAGGGAGAAUUGUUGGGGAAUGGCUGCAGGAACAGGGCCAUGGAUCAAUGGAACAAUUGUUCCAGCAAUCCUCUGUUUAAGACCCCAAAACAGCUCUGUGUCUGGCCUGGGAACAGCACUGUGUCUGGCCUGGGAAACAGCACUGUGUUUGGGCCUGGGAAUCAGUACACUGUGCUUGGUCUAGGAACAGUACACAUUGCAUGUACAGAUAGCAAAGGCAGUAUAUCCUUGAGAAAUGACUUGUACAAGAACGGGAUGUAAAACAAGCUGUUCCUAGUAAAGUAAAAUGUAUCAAGCUAGAGGAUGAAGAAGUUAGAUGCAGCUGAAACUGCAUGUAGGAGAACAUGGAACAAUGAACCUUUAUGAACUAACCAAUGAGAAGCUUGUUGCUGAUCUUGCUUGUAAAAGACUGUAUAAACUGACAGGAUCUUUGAAUAAAUCGGAGCUUGCUUAUCAAUCAUAUUGAUUGUGUGCUUCUCUUC